UCACUUCAUCGGUUAACGCACUAAGCAUCAUGUCUGGAAGAGGAAAAACCGGAGGCAAAGCCCGAGCAAAGGCCAAGUCUCGUUCCUCCCGAGCCGGACUCCUUCCGGUGGGUAGGGUCCACAGGCUACGCAAGGGCAACUACGCGGAGCGCGUCGGCGCGGGGCUUCCGGUGUAUUUAGCGGCCGUGUUGGAGUAUCUGACCGCUGAGAUCCUGGAGCUGGCAGGCAACGCUGGCCAGGGACAACAAGAAGACCAGGAAGUCAUCCCCCGGCACCUCCAGCUGGCCGUGCGCAACGACGAGGAACUAAACAAACUGCUUGGAGGUGUGACCAUCGCACAGGGAGGUGUGCUGCCCAACAUCCAGGCUGCUCUCCUCCCCAAGAAGACGGAAAAACCGGCCAAGAGCAAGUAAAAGAGACAGGCAGGCCCAGAUUCAAACGGGACAAAACGG